AUAGUUGAAGCACACAGAAAAUGGGGGAACUGUUAAAAUAAAAUGCACAGGUUCAACGAUCGGUGAGAGCUUAUACUGGACUAUAGCAACCAUUUGUGCUGCUUGUUUCAGUGGCCUUGAUCGAAUUCUAUUGCAACUUCUCAUUUGAAGAAAAUGGGCUGGAUGGAUCCUAUUUCCAUGUUGUUCUUAUUUGCCUUUACACUUGUAUUCCUUUGGAAAAUGAGCAGUUUCUGGAAGAGCAGUAGCCAAAAGUUUCCACCAGGACCACGCCCGUUACCACUGAUUGGAAACCUGCACCUAAUGGAUCUGAAUAGACCUUACAAAACCAUGAUGAAGUUCUCUAAAGAGUACGGACCUGUCUUUAGCAUCCAAUUGGGAUUCCAGAAAAUGGUCGUUCUGGCAGGUUACAAGAUGAUAAAAGAAGCUUUGGUGAACCAGGCAGAUGCCUUUGCGGACAGGCCUGUGAUCCCAAUCUUUGAGGACACUGAUCAUGGCCACGGCAUUGUUUUUGCUAAUGGAGAAAACUGGAAAGUGAUGCGCCGGUUUGCGAUAGCCACGUUAAAGGACUAUGGCAUGGGCAAGAAGACCAUAGAAGACAGAAUUAUCAAGGAGUGUCGUUGCCUGAUACAGAAAUUUGAAUCUUUUGAAGGCAAACCAUUUGAGAGUACUACCAUCAUGAACGCUGCCACCGCCAAUAUUAUAGUGUCCAUAUUACUUGGCAAACGAUAUCAAUAUGAAGAUCCCACUUUUGUGAGACUCCUGAAGUUGAUCAAUGAAAAUGUCCGCCUGUUGGGGCGUCCCUCAAUCAUGCUCUACAACAUGAUUCCUGCUCUGGGUUUUCUCUUUACUGGUCGCAGGACAGUUCUUGAGAACAUGAAAGUAUUUCACGCCUUCAUACAGGACACCUUCAUAGAACGCCUCAAAGAACUGGAUGUGAAUGACCAGAGGAGCCUUAUUGAUGCGUUUCUAAUCCGACAGCAAGAGGAGAAGAACAAGAGUGAUGGAUUUUUCCAUAAUGAAAACCUAAAAGUUCUUGUGAGGAACUUAUUUGGUACUGGCACAGAGACCACUUCGACUACGUUGCGUUGGGGCAUGUUGCUGAUGAUGAAGUUCCCCGAAAUCCAGAAGAAAGUGCAAGAAGAAAUAACAAAUGUAAUUGGGUCUGCUCAGCCACGGAUAGAGCACCGAGCAAAACUGCCCUACACAGAUGCAGUGAUUCACGAAGUUCAGAGGUUUGCUAGUGUUUCCCCUACUGCCUCAUUACAUGCCACCGCUGCAGACGUCACUCUUGGAGGCUACUUCAUUCCAAAGGGUACACAUAUCGUUCCAUUACUGUACUCAGCGCUGUAUGAUGAAUCAGAGUGGGAAAAACCACUUCAGUUCUUUCCAGAGCACUUCCUUGAUUCCGAAGGAAAGUUUGUCAAGAGAGAUGCCUUCCUGCCUUUCUCUGCAGGUCGGCGAGUGUGUGCUUGUGAGAUCCUGGCCAAAAUGGAGCUUUUCCUCUUCUUUGCGAGUCUCAUGCAGAGAUUCACUUUCCAGCCAGCCCCUGGGAUGUCUACAGAAGACCUGGACCUGACCCCUGCAAUCGGGAUCACAGCGUCCCCGAUGACCUACAAUUUCUGUGCUUCGCCACGUUCUUAACAUCCCACUGGGCUUAACCUCCCCUCUGUACACCAUCCUCCUCUUCUGCACUUUUCUGCCUGCCAAGAACAGAUCAGACUCAGUACAAAUGGUCUAUGCUCCAUUUCAAAUCUUUGUGCUUCAUACACCUAGCCGUGGAACCCCCCCAAGGAUUGUAUAGAGACAUGACUUAGUUCCAAAUUUUGCCCUCACUUUUUGAGUGAUUUGCUGUACAGAGGAGGAAAACAGUGAUGUUCACGUGUCUGUUAAUUUCUUGUAUUGACACACUGGAGACCCUUUCAGUUAUCAAGAGAGCCAGUUUGGUGUAGUGGUUAAGUGCGCGGACUCUUAUCUGGGAGAACCGGGUUUGAUUCCCCACUCCUCCACUUGCACCUGCUGGAAUGGCCUUGAGUCAGCCAUAGCUCUGGCAGAGGUUGUCCUUGAAAGGGCAGCUGCUGUGAGAGCCCUCUCCAGCCCCACCCACUUCACAGGGUGCCUGUUGUGGGGGAGGAAGGUAAAGGAGAUUGUGAGCCGCUCUGCGACUCUUCGGCGUGGAGGGCAGGAUAUAAAUCCAAUAUCUUCUUCAUCUUCUUCUUCUUCAAACAACCAAGUUAGGGCACAAUGCUAUCUAUUUCCAAGUGAGACUGAUCUAAUAGUACCAGCUAUGCCGAAGAAGCAAAAAUGUUUCAUUAGUGAUGUAGCUGUUAAUGGAAGCCAAAUUUGUGUUCUGUUUCAGAUUUUUUUUAAAAAAUGAAAGAUUUGUGAAAUGAGGGUAAAUUACUUUCCAUACUAAAACUGUGUGAAUAAUAUCUGUACAACAUUAGAGGUGACACCUGGAUUUAACAAAAACAACGACAAGACUUAAUCUGCACUAUACCUGAAAAGCUAUCCCCCGCCCCCCAUCCCUCGCAGGCACUCACAGGAAAAGUGGGGUAAUGGGACGGGGUAAUUGCUUGGCAUCACUUGAUGCAGCAUCACUUCUGGGUGAAGACCCAAAAGUUUCGUCCAUUUUGGAUCCUCUCUAUGUUUUUGUUUCAUUAUCUUAUGCCAUUAAAGGUUUUGAAAGU